CCAAAAUGCAUAUGUCAUUUUCAUUGACUGACGCAGCAAGCAGACGAGCAAGUUAAUUGUGAUUAAAAUUGUGAUUUAGUUUUAUAUUUUUACUUGUACAACGAGUGUUACAAAUUUAAAAUUGGAAAUCAAGUAAGGCUACAAAGUUAUUGUAUUUGAAUUCAAUUAUUUUGUGUUUAUAUCGAGAAUCGAUGUAAUCAGGUCACUAGUGUAUUUUAUCUUUAAAAUGUCUCGUCUUGACAACGUCGAUGCUUUGGAAAAGCAAUUAGCAGAUUUACAAAUGUCCAAGCAUUUGAAUUCAACCGGUCGUAUUAAGAAGAUACCACCAGCCGUACCGCCUAAAAAGAAGGCUCAGCCGCAAGUUCCUCAUAGUGCUAUGGUCAAUACGGUUCGCGAACCCUCAUAUUCAGCCAAAAUAACUCCAGUAUUCAACAAUAAUCCUCCAGCAUACAAUUACACUCAUUCUAACCAUAUACACCCAAGUCAAGACUAUGCAAACGUGAGUCAUUUGCAUGCAUCUAUCCCAAGCCAUUCUAUGAAACAAAUUCAAAAGACGCCAACUAUAACUUAUAAUUCAACAUACAGUAAUAUACCAUCAUACUGCAUUCCCGAGGACAACUUACCACCGCCACCACCCCCGCCGCCUCCGUCUACACUUCAUAUUGCAAAAGCUUUUGACCCCAAUCACAAUAAUGAAGAAUAUUUGCCGCCGCCUUCGCCUGUAAGUUCGAAUUAUAGUGAGUUAGCCCGAGCCACAGCCAACCUGAAUUACAAUCAAGAUAGACCUCCAUAUCCUCAUAUCUAUCAAAAUGAAUUUCCAGAAUAUGGAACAUCACAAGCUUCAACAUAUGAAUCGCUCUACGAGCCUAUUAAUCCACGCCCACACAGUAAUAUGUCAACUCACACUAACAAUUCUCUCCACAACUAUGCCAACAAUUUGCAAGCUUCUGGUAAAUCACCACUACCUAAAGAAGAGGAAGUUGAUGCUCUAACUAAUCUUCUAGUUCAGUCCAUAUCUGACAGUCAAGAUUUAGACGUGUUUGGAAUUUGUAUCAAAUGCAACGAAAAAGUUGUGGGAGAAAGCUCAGGAUGUACAGCAAUGGGAAACAUGUACCAUGUUAAGUGUUUCUGCUGUCAUCGUUGUAACGCGAAUUUACAAGGCAAACCCUUCUAUGCCGUUGAAGGACAACCGUACUGUGAAGCUGAUUACUAUGAAACUCUUGAAAAAUGCUCAGUGUGCGAUGAACCAAUACUGGACCGAAUUUUACGAGCUACUGGCAAACCAUAUCACCCUGCAUGCUUCACUUGUGUUGCAUGUGGUAUAAGCCUGGAUGGCAUACCUUUUACAGUUGAUGCCAUGAAUCAAAUUCACUGUAUUGAAGAUUUUCACAAAAAAUUUGCUCCUCGAUGCUGCGUUUGUAAUCUACCUAUAAUGCCAGAAGAAGGAGAAGAAGAAACUGUCAGAGUAGUUGCUUUAGAUCGAAGUUUUCAUGUCAAAUGCUACCGCUGUGAAGAUUGUGGCAUGCUGUUAUCUUCAGAAGCAGAAGGUCGAGGAUGUUACCCUCUUGAUGAUCAUAUUCUUUGUAAGACUUGUAAUGGACACCGUAUCCGCAUGCUUACAAAUGUUAUGACUACAGACCUUUAAACUACGAGCUUAUCAGUAAUAAUAAUAAUUAACUUAUCUACCCUAUGUAUUUUCUUGAUUCAUUAUAUUUUAAACAUAGUUUUUCUUUAGUGAGAAAAGACCGGACGUGCCCGUAUAACAUAAUUAUAUUAGUUAAAAACAAAAACUGAAAUUUUAUAAUUGGUAUUGAAAUAACAUUUAAUUGGUGUAUUUGUUUUUUCAUGUUAUUUAUUUAUUUUGACGGGACAAUUAAUUGUAGAUAAAAAAAUAUAACUAAAUCGAGACUGAUGAAAUGCAGCAUUUUAUCAUUUUUUUGUUAUAGCGAUGUGAUAUAUAAACAUAAGAUUUAUUUAUUUGAUGCAUUCUGAAUGCUUAAAUUAUGCCUUAUACCUAUAGCAUUAGCCGUAAGUAAUAAUAACUUGGAAUUCGCCAUAUAUAAAUUA